AUGGGCAGCGAUACACGCGGCGCACUAGUAGUGGUAGGAAGCGGACCUGGAAUAGGCAGCCACGUCGCCCGCACUUUCUCUACCCACGGCUUUACACGCAUCAUCCUGCUUUCCCGCGAUCCCUCACGCCUCGAGAAAGAUGCAGAUUUCAUUCGCGCUGCGACACCUUCUGCCGAGAUUUCCACUCUGCCUAUUGAUCUGGCAAACACAUCUGAGAUACCUUCGGCACUCAAGCAAGUGGACAAAGCCCUUGGAAACACACCUCUGGAAGUCGUCCUCUUCAAUGCCGCAAGAGUAGGCCCAAGCACUUUGGUCCAAUGGCCCAUGGAAGAACUCGAGCUCGACUUGCGGAUCAAAGUAACAGGUUGCUAUGCUGUGGUUCAAUGGGCACUUCCCCACCUUCUAGCCGUAAAGACCACCCACCAGCCCGCCUUCCUCUGCACCUCAGGAUCCAUCUACAAAGAGCCUAUCCCAGAGGUGUUUUCGCUGAGCGUGUGUAAAGCCGCACAACACAAUUUGGUGCAUAGUAUGCAUAAGAAGUACAAGGAGGAGGGGGUAUAUUGUGGGCUUGUUGUUGUGGGUGGGGUGGUCGCUGAUGAGAAUCCUCAGUGUAAUGCUGAGAAUAUCGCCAAGAAGACUUGGGGGUUGUAUGAGCAGCGUAAGGAUUUGGAGGUUGAGAUUGUGGAUGGGUAG